GUCCGGUUUGGCAUACAGCUUGGCUUCUGGGGGCCAACAGAGAGAUAAAGAGCUCUGCUACGGAGGAUAGGGAAGAGCUGUGGCUUUGCUACUUGGAGUCAGUUGGCGUGCUCGACUCGAUAGUUUGUAAUCAGUCAUUGAGUCCAGGGUUAACUAGACAUAUAGAUUGGAAACGGAAAACACACACUCACUGAAAUUGUUUGUUCUACUGAGGGACUGAGACUGAAGGAAAAGAUUGGAGGAGGGCCAGUGAAAUAGUUUGUUCUACUGAGGGACUGAGACUGAAGGAAAAGAUUGAAGGAGGACCAGUGAAAUAGUUUGUUUUACUGAGGGACUGAGACUGAAGGAAAAGAUUGGAGGAGGACCAGUGAAAUAGUUUGUUUUACUGAGGGACUGAGACUGAAGGAAAAGAUUGGAGGAGGACCAGUGAAAUAGUUUGUUCUACUGAGGGACUGAGACUGAAGGAAAAGAUUGGAGGAGGACCAGUGAAAUAGUUUGUUCUACUGAGGGACUGAGACUGAAGGAAAAGAUUGGAGGAGGACCAGUGAAAUAGUUUGUUCUACUGAGGGACUGAGACUGAAGGAGAAGAUUGGAGGAGGACCAGUGAAAUAGUGUGUUCUACUGAGGGACUGAGACUGAAGGAGAAGAUUGGAGGAGGACCAGUAGAGGGACGUAUCAUCUCUGUUGAGAUCCAAAUCUCUUCUCCACUUUGACCCCACCUUCCAUGGCGAUGAUUGCUAACUCCACGGGGAUGACCUCCAAUGACCUCUCCCUGAACUCAACGUCGACCCUUAGUCCGGAACCUUGGACCCCGCCUCCUUGGUACCAAUUCCACGUCUGCUCCGUGGCCCCUUACGGAUUCAUCUUCUACUUUGGAGUCAAAGUCUUCAACCUGGCCAUAGGCACACCCUGCAAUAUACUGGUCCUGUGGCAGAUCUCCAGCAGGAAAAGUGACUCGUCCACGUCUGACAUCUUCAUCUUUAAUCUGGCUUUAAUGGACACCUACUUCUGCCUCAUGGGGCCCAUAGACAUGGUCAACAGGCUGGUCCUGGACAACCAAGGCAUCUGGUACUUCCAACGCUUUGCCUACGGGGUCAAAGACACAGGACCCCUCUUCCUGGUGUGUAUCUGUCUGGACCGCUACGUGGCCGUGGUCCAUCCGGUGCUGUUCACCGGUAUCCGUGACAACAAGAUCCGCGUUGGUGUCUCUGUGGUAACCUGGGCCCUCAUCCUGGCCUACAGCCUCACAAAGAGCAUCCUGGGAGUCAUGUCUGUCAACGAGGUGUUCAGCGGCCUCAUCCUCUUCGCCUUCGCCCUCAUGAUCUACUGUAACCUCUCCAUCAUAUGGGUCCUACGCCGCUCCGUAGCCGGGAAGGAGGUGAUGCACCCCGUGAAGAAGAAGGCCUUCAAAAUGGUGCUGGUCAUCUUGGGUAUAAUCUUCGUCAACUACCUUCCUCCUGUGGCUCUUGUUCCGUUCUUCUCCUACUACACGUUCGUCCAGUUCCGCUGUCAGGUGACUAUCAGUGUGUUCGCCAUCAUGGAUCUGAGUUGUAGUAUGGAGCCACUUCUGUAUUUGACCAAGAUGGACAGGCCUGCGUGUGUACCUGGCUGGUGCUGUGCGGGGGAGAGCUCGGCCAAGAAACCCUACGAGGUUAAAGUGUGAUGGGGCUCAUCACUAUCCUGCCAAGUUACAAAGUCAGAAGGCCCAAUCAUUUCUACGAUUCCUCUUCUUAAACUCUGAUUUUAAACCUUAACUUGAACCGAACCUUAAUCACACUGCUAACCGUAUGCCUAACCCUAACCUUAAAUUAAGACCAAAAAUAACAUUUCUGUUGGCAGACAUUUUUACGAUAAAGCCAAUUCUGACUUUGCAGCUUGGCCAUCUACUGGGAACCACGUGAUGAGGGAGAGAAGAAGAGGCUGGUGGGUGGAGCUAUACGAGGAUGGGUUCAUUGUAAUGGCUGGAAUGGAAUAAAUGGAAUGGACCAUGUGUUUCAUGUGCGUGAUUCUGUUCCAUUUAUUCUAUUCCAACCAUUACAAUGAGCCUGUCCUCCUAUAUCUCUGCCCACCAGCCUCCAGUGGGGUGACCAUCUACCAACUACCAACUCCUGUCCUGGAGAGCCACUGCUGUGCAGGCUUUAGGUCCAGCCCUGCAGUACACAUUAUAUUCAGCCUGCACAGUCCUGGCAUGUCUUAAAUUAGGUAGGCCGCAAUACACACAUUUAGAUAUAUCACAGGGUAAAUGUAUUGUGUGUGGACAUGUAUACUGCUGUAUUGCCAAUAAAUACUAUUAAUAUUA